AAGAAAAUUAAUUCUCUUGAGGAGGAAUCAGACACACAGUUGACCAAACCUGUUAACAACUUUAAGGUGUUGGACCCAUACUCCAAUUAUCCAGACUAAGGGACUUCACAUUUGGUCUGAAAAUGUUCAACUCUGCAGACAUGGUCUUUUCACUGGAUAAUUUAUUUUAUGAAAAACCAGAUAUGAGACAAAGGCGUCUGGAAAAUGAAGAACGUAAGACUUGGUUCAUUGCACCUGCUCCAGCUAUUGCUGAAAUUCCACCUGCAGAGGAGUUACAGAGGGAACUGGAAAAAAACUCAGCCAACACUCAUAUGGUUUUUUUAGUAGGGAGAAAGCACGAGAAGUUUAUACAGCAAUGUAAGAGUAAGACAGAGGAAGCAGAAGAUAAAUCAUCAGCACCUGUUCAUUUUGGCAUAGCCCCUGAAAAAGAAGUCCUACAGUUAAGUCUAGGAGAAAGAGAUAAAAUUAGUUUUCAUAGUGAAAAUCUGAAAACAGUUUCAUCUUUCCUCUCCUUUGAUGAAAAUAAAUCUAAAAGAGUAAUAGAUUUUUCUCAGCAACUGCAAAAUAAAGCAUUAAGUGAAAACAGUGAUGAUGAGAGUGUCCAUUCAACAUUAAGAAAAAGCUUAUUUAAGAAGUCUGGCAAUAUGCAUAAAAAUACAGAAUUUAAAUCUGGUUCUGUUGAUGUGAAAGAAAUUGGUACUUACUUGAAUACAAGUGAAAACAUGAAAGAAAUUACAAAAGAAGGUUUUCUGAGAAAUAAUCACCAUGCUACAAUAACUAAAGACUCAGAUUUUACUUUGCAUAGGGUAAAUAAUGAGGAGAUUGUGUCUGAAAAUGGAAUUAAAAUUCAAUCAUUUUCUAAUGCUUCAGAGAUUCUGGAUAUGACAGGAACUACAGGAAGAAAAUUGGAAAUUUUGAGGGCUGUUACAGAAAUACCAACCCAAUUUAGAAGUAUUUUUAAGGAGUUCCCAUAUUUUAACUAUGCACAGUCAAAAGCUUUGGACGAUCUUUUAUAUACAGAUAGGAACUUUGUGGUUUGUGCUCCAACUGGCUCUGGAAAGACUGUAAUGUUCGAAUUAGCUAUUACCAGAUUACUCAUGGAAGCCCCACUGCCUUGGUUAAAUAUUAAAGUUGUUUACAUGGCUCCAAUAAAAGCUCUGUGCAGUCAGCGUUUUGAUGAUUGGAAAGAAAAAUUUGGACCUAUAGGACUCACCUGCAAGGAACUGACAGGAGAUACACUGAUGGAUGAUUUAUUUGAAAUACAUCAUGCUGACAUUAUUAUCACUACACCUGAAAAGUGGGAUAGCAUGACUAGAAGGUGGAGAGACAACUCUAUAGUCCAGCUUGUGCGACUGUUUCUCAUUGAUGAGGUACACGUUAUAAAGGAUGAAAGCCGUGGUGCAACUUUGGAAGUUGUAGUCAGUCGGAUGAAAACUAUUCAGUCUUCUCUUUGGCGUCUCUUAGAGAAGCAGGAUACUGUUCCUCCCUUGAGAUUUGUAGCUGUUUCUGCAACAAUCCCAAAUACUCAAGAUAUUGCGGAAUGGCUUUCAGAUAGUAAGAUGCCUGCUGUAUGUCUGAAAAUAGAUGAGGAUCAACGACCGGUGAAGCUACGCAAAAUUGUUCUUGGAUUUCCUUGCAGUGACAAUCAGACAGAAUUCAAAUUUGACUUAACUCUUAACUACAAGAUAGCUAGUAUUAUACAAACAUACUCGGAGCAAAAACCGGCACUUGUGUUUUGUGCCACAAGGAAAGGAGUACAGCAGGCUGCUUCUGUUCUUGCAAAAGAUGCUAAAUUUCUACUGAGUAUAGAACAGAAACAAAGAUUACAGGGGUUUGCAAAUUCACUGAAAGACUCCAAACUGAGAGAACUUUUAACAUAUGGUGUGGCUUAUCAUCAUGCGGGUAUGGAGAUAUCAGACAGAAAAAUAAUUGAAGGAGCUUUUACUGUUGGAGACUUGCCAGUACUUUUUACUACUAGCACCUUAGCUAUGGGAGUCAAUCUACCUGCACACCUGGUGGUUAUAAAAUCCACAAUGCAUUAUGUUGGAGGAGUGUUCCAAGAGUACAGUGAAACCGAUAUUCUGCAAAUGAUUGGGAGAGCUGGAAGGCCUCAGUUUGACACUACAGCUACAGCAGUUAUUAUGACUCGUUGCAGUACCAGGGAGAGAUAUAUACAGAUGUUAAAUGGUGCUGAUGUAAUAGAGAGCAGCUUGCACAGGCACCUUGUUGAACACUUAAAUGCAGAAAUAGUGCUGCACACUGUCACGGAUGUCAGUGUAGCUUUGGAAUGGAUACGAUCAACAUUCUUGUACAUUAGAGCCUUAAAAAAUCCAACUUAUUAUGGUUUUUCAUCUGGAUUAGAUAAAAUUGGAAUUGAAGCAAAAUUGCAAGAACUCUGUCUGAAGAACUUAAAUGAUUUAUCAUCUUUUGAUUUGAUCAGGAUGGAUGAAGCAAAUAAUUUCAAACCAACAGAGACUGGAAGACUAAUGGCGUGGUAUUACAUUGCAUUUGACACAGUGAAGCAGUUUUUCAUAGUUAAGGGAACUGAGACUUUAAAUGAAUUGAUUACGAUGAUCUCGAACUGCACAGAAUUUGUGGAUGUGAAGUUAAGAACAAAUGAAAAGAAAAUAUUGAACACUUUGAAUAAAGACAAAGACAAAAUAACUAUCAGGUUUCCAAUGGAGGGGAAGAUAAAAACAAGAGAAAUGAAAGUAAACUGUCUCAUUCAGGCUCAGCUGGGAUGUAUUCCUAUUCAAGACUUUACUUUGACACAAGAUACUGGCAGAAUAUUUAGAAAUGGCUUGAGAGUUACUAGAUGGCUAUCUGACUUUCUGGCAUCAUCUAAGAACAACUUCUCUGCUUUAUUAAACUCUUUGAUUUUAGCAAAGUGUUUCAGGUGCAGACUUUGGGAAAAUUCACUUCAUGUGUCUAAACAAUUGGAAAAAAUUGGUGUAUCACUGUCAAAUGCUAUGGUAAAUGCUGGGCUGACAUCAUUUAAAAAAAUUGAAGACAUAAAUGCAAGGGAGCUUGAAUUGAUUUUAAACAGACAUCCUCCUUUUGGAAACCAGAUAAAAGAGUCUGUUUUGCACCUUCCAAAAUAUGAACUUGAAAUUGAACAGCUUCCCAAAUACAGUGACACAUUGGCUGAAAUCUUAGUAACCGUCAAAUUAACAAACUAUGAGCAGCUACAGACAAAGAGAACAGCACCAGACUUUCACUAUGUUACGUUGGUCGUAGGAGAUGCUGACAACCAAGUCAUUUUUAAUCAGAAAAUUAUGGAUUCUGUGCUGCUGAAAACUGGAAAUUGGAUGAAGAAAAUUGAAGUUAAAAGAGCUCUUAAAUCAGAAGACAUUAGUAUAAAUUUAAUUAGUUCUGAUUAUGUUGGCCUGGACAUACAGCAAGCAUAUACAGCCUUCUACUUGACACCAAAACCAGAGGGACGUAAGGUGGUUACAAAUCAAAAAUUGAAAGCUGCAUCUACACUUGAUGUAUGUUAUGGCUCACCCCAAAGCCUGCCGGCAGCAAAAGUAGAUACAGGAGGCAAAUCUAAACAGGAGAUUGAUUACAAGAAGUAUGGAAACAGAGAAUGCAACCACCGCUGUAAAAAUAAAGAUGUGUGUGGGCAUGACUGUUGUAAAACUGGAGUACCUCCAAAGUCACAGAUGAAUGGAGACACAAAGUUUUCUUUGUACCUAGCUGAUUUAAGGAGCAGGAAUUCAGUUUCAUCUGUACCCCCAGUAAAAAGGCUAAAGAUGCAGAUGUUAAACCAAGCUGAAAAUGUGGAUCUCAAACAAUUUGUUUUUACACCUAGGUCUUUAUUGCCAGCCUUGCCAAGGUCUAGCAAUAAACUGUCAUCUGUAUCACCUUCAGUGGACCAGACAGAUAAUAUGAAUACCUUAGAAGUAUCUCAGAAACAACAGCAAUCCUGGAAUUGUGUAAAUAGUAAUACAAGCACAUACUGUUUUUCAGAUGAUUUGAAUGUGGACUUUGACCUGAGAGAUGAUAUUUGGGAUGAUAUUGAUGAUGAGAAAUUGGUAUUUGCUAGUAAUUUUGUCAGUAGAGAAUUAGAACAUGGAAAUACCUGCCUUCAAAUUCCAGAUGAAUGUCACCCUCUCUGCCAGUAUACAACAAGCAAAGCCACACAUAACAUUUCAAAAGAUUCAUGCACAGUACAAGAUGACACCAGUAUUCACAACUCAGAUGCUUCUGUGGUCAAUAGCACAUCAAAAGUGAAUUUAUCUGUCCAGAAUAGAAAUACAUCUUUGUUCAGUUUUCAAGAAAAAAGGCAUUCAAGUCUUUCUCAAGAGCAAAAAAAAGUACAGUGUUCUUCCGUCCCAGAAAUAAUUUCAGACUCUUCUAAAUUCACUAGGAAAGAAGAUUUUUUUAUUUUCACAAAAGAACAAGAAAAAGAAGUAGAUCCUAGAUAUCUUCUUGAUGAUGAAUCCAAUGAUGUCAAGCCCUUUCUUGGAAUAUUUGAUGGUAUUUUGUAA